GCACUCUAGAAAUGAUUCAACAUCUGUGGUUGUCGAAAGGCAAGCCCAAGUCUCUCCUCAGGCGACUGUCCAGCUUCUCCCGGUCCCCAUUGCUAUCGCCGACAAGUUUGUGACGGAUGAGAAAGUCAAGCAUAACCAGCGCCGACUCCGGCUUGAACUUGCGAUCAACAAGAAAGUCUUUGACCUGCUCGACACUGAACGCCUCGAUCGAACAGAUGCCAUCCCUGGCCUUCAGACGAGCGCCAGGACCCAACUUCAGAUCGUAGGGCUUCAGCAUGCCAGGCUUGGGCAGCAGAUCAACCUGGGGCCCGGUUCCCAGAACCAUUUGGAUAAAGUCGAAGUAGCGGAUCCAGGAAAUUUCGAAAUCAUCCGGCUUGUUCCUUGGGGCUUUGUGUAGAGGUAUCCCAGACUCGACCUGGGCGGGGUACGGAGACCGCAAUGGGUGAACAGCAAGAUACAGCUUCACUUCCUCUCCAGACUGAGAGUAAAUGUUGACAUGGACGGACGGAACAGUGACGCCGAAGAGCGGCGCGAUGUCUCGCGGGAUGCCAGCCCGAGAACAGCCGCGGUCCCCGUCGAAGCGUCGGAUCGGGGCACAGAUCAAAGGAAUCAUGUCAAUGUUUUCAAGCAGUGCAUUUGGAAACCUACCACCGCACGGGUCCAUGGUUUUGCUGAGAUGUUGGCGGAUUUGGACGAAGGCGCGGGUGAAGUCAAGCGGGCUGUUGCAGGUUUCGGGCUGUAGCCUGACCUCCCUCCACGUGCUGUCAAACGUGAAGAACCUGGACCCGGAGACCUUCAGAUAACUAACGACGGUGGGGUUCAGGAGUCCGUAGGCUUGAAUUGGUCUGGUAUGAUCGCCUACAAGGAACGUCCAUGGUUGGCCAUCAGACUUGGUGAAUCGAUUAGCAUCGUCAAUGAUGCCAGACCACGUUUCAAAGUCGUUGGUUGUGGAGGACAUGGUGUGACUAGAUAGCCUAAAGUUAGUUAACGAGACUGUGUAGCGACGUACCUGGCCGUUUAGGGGAAACUGAUUGAAUGAUUUGGAUGCUUGAGUUAGACAGCAGUUGAAAAGGAUGGCUUGGCUGAGGAUGAUGGAUGAUUUGAUGACAUUGUUGUUUGUGUCAGCGGCGUAGAGCAAGGUUGGAGUAGGAGUGUUUACGGAUGGACUACUUAUACAACUUGAGCUCAAGGAUUCAAGAAAAAUUCUCAGUAGAAACUUCCAAUAAGUGUUCAGGUUGUUCCUCUGUCGUUCUAUUGUUGAACAAGGUCAAGGGCAGGUACGCUUGUUCGAGAAUGGUCCGGCUUUGUUUUCAUCAAGGGCAGAUGCAGCAAUUGUUUCCAUCAUGCUUUGCUCCCUUGACCGUUGCCGAACCCAAUUGCCAUGGGGAGCGGGCCCCCCCACCUCGGCUUCGAGGAUCAAGCUGGGGAAGUGAAGGGGACGAAGGGGGAAGAGCUAUUCUCCCCCAAGUCUCUCUCUCUCAACUGGGCCUGGUACAUCGUUUAAGAGCUUGCCCCUUGACCUCGGCGACAUCGGUCUCGUUUACCCGACUCUUUUUCGACCUUGUCGAGGCUGUUUUCCCCCAGAACUUUCCUUGUCUACUUUCUUUUGCUCUGUACGAUAGUAUUUCCCAAUCCUCGACCUUCCUGCGUAGUCGUACCGUUUACAAUCGCCGAAUCCAUUUGACGAGCGAAGCUCCAAGUUACAACACAAUACACCACACCGCAAUCAUGUCCGUCCCCAGAGGACUCUCGUCCGUGUUGAAGAAAGCACCCUCGGACGUCGUGAUCCUUUCGUCGCUGCGAACCGCCAUCUGCCGGUCGAACCGGGGCCAGCUGAAAGACGCGUACCCCGAAGAGCUGCUCUCGACGGUCCUCAAGGCCACGCUCGAGGCCAACCCGAACCUGGACCCGCGCAAGAUCGAAGAUGUCGCCGUCGGCGUCGUGCUCUCGGAGCUCGGCGGCUCCAAAGCGGCGCGCAUGGCCAUGAACCACGUCGGCUACCCCAACGAGACGUCGCUGUACACCGUCAACCGCGCCUGCUCGUCGUCGCUGCAGUCGAUCGCGCUCGUCGCCGCCCAGAUCCGGACCGAGGCGAUAUCGGUGGGCAUCGGCGCCGGAAUGGAGAGCAUGACCCGGAACUACGGCAGCCGCGCCAUCCCCGUGGACGUGUGGCCCGCCCUGAAGGACUCGCCGGUCAAGGACGCGAGGGACUGCAUCAUGCCGAUGGGCAUCACCUCGGAGAACGUGGCGGAGCGCUACGGCGUCUCCAGGGCCGACCAGGAUGCCUUCGCCGUGCGCAGCCACCAGAACGCCGCGAGGGCGAGGGAGGACGGCUCAUUCGCAAGCGAGAUCGUCCCCGUCACGACGCGAUACCAGGAGGUGGACAAGCAGGGCAACAAGGUCGGGGAGGAGCAGACCAUCACGGUCACCAAGGACGACGGCAUCCGCGCCAACAUCGGCAUCGAGGCCCUGCAGAAGCUGAAGCCGGCGUUCAAGUCCGACGGCGCCAGCACGGCGGGCAACUCGUCGCAGGUCUCGGACGGCGCCGCCGCCACGCUGCUCAUGCGCCGGAGCACCGCCACGGAAUUGGGCCUUACCGACAGCAUCAUCGGCAAGUUCGUCGGGGCCACGACGGUCGGGUGCGCGCCGGACGAGAUGGGCGUCGGCCCCGCCCUGGCGAUCCCGAAGCUCCUCGGCCAGUUCGGCCUCGAGAACAAGGACGUGAACCGCUGGGAGAUCAACGAGGCCUUCGCCAGCCAGGCCAUCUACUGCCUGAGGGCCUUGGGGCUGGAGCAGGCCUACGAGGACGGGAAGGUGAACCCCGACGGCGGUGCCAUCGCCCUGGGACACCCUCUUGGCGCCACCGGUGCCCGCAUGACGAGCACUCUGCUGCACGGCCUGGGACGAUCCGGCGGCGAGGUUGGUGUUGUUAGUAUGUGUGUCGGUACCGGCAUGGGCAUGGCUGGACUGUUUGUGAGAGAGUGAAUGAUGAGAGAGCUGUAACAAUACCAAUAACAUUGCUUCAUUGAC